UCCCGCUAGAGGGCGCACCAUAGGAGACCUCUCCAAACACAUGGAGGAGGAUGUGGACACCAUUGACAGCUAUAUAAACUGGGGAGCAGCGCACACAGGUGUGUGGCUACUCGCUGAUACUUGAUAGUUCUUCUCAUGUCAUGAAAAGUGAAAAUGAGAGGAUUGCUGAAGAUGACUGUGUCUGCUGUGGCACACACCUUUGGACAUGUUCCCUACAGAUGUCUCAGUGGACGACCUCCUGCACCACUCGGAGGCCGAAUCCUCACCAACCCUAAGGACAUCUUCCAUCAUAACAUGUGGGAUCAUGUUCAGUGGUCACCAGAGGAGAUGGAAAAAGCCAGACAAAAAGCAGAAGAGAACUCCAGAGAACAGAUUCCAUUAGAAGAGCAAGUCAGGUAUGACAGAGACGCAAACAAAUAUUGGGACAGAUUUUACGAUAUGCAUCAAAACAAGUUCUUCAAAAAUCGUCAGUGGCUUUUCACUGAGUUUCCUGAGCUCUUGCCCCAGGGCUGUGACACAAGUCGUACCCCAGAAGGUCAGGAGGCUUCGGUGCCAGCAUGUCCUGAGUUAAGAAAAACCCUGCACAGCAGGACAGACAGCCAGCAGGGAGACAGUCCCUUUCCCAGCCAUGAUGUACUGAGAGAGACACAGCAGCACAAUGCUUUCCCUGGGCAACAUGCUUCUUUCAGAAUACUGGAGGUGGGCUGUGGUGUGGGCAACAGUGUAUUCCCUAUCAUCAACACCAUCAGGGGCAGUGACGCAUUCCUGUACUGCUUUGACUUUUCUUCCAGAGCAAUCCAACUUGUCAGGGAACAUCCAGACUACGACCCUACAGUGUGCCAUGCAUUUGUGCAUGACAUUUGUGAUGAUGUGGCCGUGUUUCCCUUUCCUCAAGGAAGUCUUGAUGUUAUUGCUGUAGUUUUCGUGCUCUCCUCCAUUCACCCCGAGAGGAUCCAAAGAGUGGUUAAUCGUCUGGCAGGCUACCUGAAGCACGGAGGAAUCAUCCUCUUCAGAGAUUAUGGCAGAUAUGAUCUGGCUCAGCUACGAUUCAAAAAAGGACAGUGUUUGUCUGAAAAUUUUUACACACGACAAGAUGGAACCUGUGUAUAUUUUUUUAUGAAAGAUGAGAUCCAUCGGUUGUUUACAAAUGCUGGUUUGGAGGAGGUUCAGAACCUGGAAGACAGGAGAAUUCAGGUGAACAGAGGAAAGAAAGUGGUGAUGCAUAGAGUUUGGAUGCAGAGCAAGUAUCGAAAACCUCUCUCAACACCAGGAUGUUAACCAGUGGGAUUUCAAAUAAGCACACAUAAAAAGAAUACACACAUAAAUGGCUAUGAUGGAAAUACAGAUAUGGUUCUGGUGUUUUGUCUGUGAACAAAAUUAUGUCUGUCACUGAAGAAAUGGCCACAAAAUGUAAAGAAAUGAGAAAAGUCCAUGCUUCUGAACUUUUCAAAGUGGCUGCUGUAUUUUCCCUAUUAUUACAUUAUUGUUAUUUUCAGUGUUAUUUUAUUUAUGUGAAUAAAGACAAUGAUGUCAACCAUCACACAACACCAAAUUAAUAUCAAUUUUCU